CACUCCCCGCCCCACAGGCGUCGGGAGAGGCGGGUCUCACUCAGGCCCUUUCUCAUCUGUCACUGCGGGAGACGAAGACGGAGGGCAGCCAGUCCAGACGAUGAAAGUCCUUCUGCUGAGAGACCCAAAGGAGGACGAGGGAGGGCAGGACCCCUACGUCAGGGAGCUGGGCCUGUGCGGGCUGGAAGCCACUCUGAUCCCCGCACUGUCCUUCGAGUUUCUGUCUCUGCCCGCUCUCUCCGAGAAGCUGUCUCGCCCCGAGAGCUACGCGGGACUCGUCUUCACCAGCCCCAGAGCGGUGGAGGCAGCGGAGCUGUGUCUGCAGAGGGGCGUCGGCGAAGUCUGGAGCAGGUCUCUGAAGGACAGAUGGAACGCGAAGCCGGUGUACGUGGUCGGAGACGCUACGGCCUCUCGAGUGAAUAAGAUGGGCCUGGACACGCAGGGCGGGAGCUGCGGGAACGCCGAGAAGCUGGCCGAGUUCAUCUGCUCCAGGGAGCCGCCGGCGCUGCCCCUCCUGUUUCCCUGCGGGACCCUCAAGAGAGAAGUGCUGCCCACGGUGCUCAGGAACAGAGGCAUCCCCCUGGAGCCCAUCACCGUGUACGGCACCGGCCCUCACCCCAGCCUCCAGGCCAGCCUGAGCAGCUACUGCGCCCAUCAGGGCGUUCCCGCCAGCAUCGCCUUCUUCAGCCCCUCUGGCAUUGCCUACAGCCUCCAGCACAUCCAGGAGCUGGCGGGGCCCCGUGUCCAGCAGAUCAAGGUCAGACGGGGAGGGCAGGGCGGCUACCCCACCUCCCUGAGGGGCUCCCAGCACCCCUUCCUCUGCCCGCAACAGUGUGGACUCCGUGUGAGAGGUCACCCGAGGGUGGCCCGGCUCCCAGGGCUGCUCCCCCUCCCGACACCCACUGCCUGAUGGGCCAGAAGGAAG